CUGUAAAACCAAGAUGGCCGACGGAGUGGAAGAAAUGUUGUGCAGCUCAGGAUUGUCUUGUGAAUCCUUCUUUAACAGGAAACCCUGGCAGGCUACACAUACUACAUCCAGGAGUACAUCCUUUUCACUGACUUGAAGCUGAGCUGGAUGAAAGCCCAGAGCUACUGCAGAGCGGUGCACACUGACCUGGCCACUGUAUCUAAUGAUGAGGACAUCAGCAGGAUCAAAAACAUGAACUAUCACAUGUCCUUCUGGAUUGGUCUGUAUGAUGACGUCAACAGCUGGAGAUGGUCUCUGUUGAACGAACAUUUCUACACAGAAGAGGGGCAGGACUACAGGCAGUGGCAGGAAGGUCAGCCAGACAAUGCAGGAGCGGUCGAGCACUGCGUCUCCAUGAUGGAAGACGGCUUCUGGAGGGACAACGACUGUGUGCAAGUCAAGAUGCCUCUCAUCUGUUUCAGAGACGAUACCGACGAUCAGUAUGUGCUGGUGACCGAGGAGCAGAGUUGGUUCGAGGCUCAGAGCUACUGCAGGCAGUACCACACAGAUCUGGUCAGUGUGAGGAGUCAGAGUGAGAACCAGGAGGUGCUGAGCAGACUGCAGGGCAACCAAACUGUGCAGGAGGCCUGGAUCGGCCUGCACAGAGACGCCUGGAAGUGGUCGGACGGCAGCCGCUCCCUGUUCAGACAGUGGUGGGACCUCCAGCCCGAUAAUGAGAACAGCUCCCAAGCGUGUGUUGCCAUGCAAAGCGGGAGAUGGGACGACUGGAACUGUGACACCAAAUUCAACUUUCUCUGCCAAAAUAUAACCGUAGUGACUAUAACUCCACUGCCUGAACCCACCACCAUCAACCCAGCUGGGCAGAGAAGGACCACAGUGAAGAUGAAGUUAAUGACUGACUCUGACCUCACAGAUCCAACCAUCAGACAGAAAGUCUUGCAGCAGUUUGAGGCAGCUCUGAACUUUCAGGGCUUCACUGAUGUCAAGUUGCGCUGGAGGACUAUAAAGUCAGAGCCACAACCAACGGAGGCAGAUGCUUGUGGAGAGGAUAUAAAGUAAAACCUCACUGACACUUUUAACCCUCAAAUCAAACUAGUGGGAAGAUUUGAGCACGAUAUUUGGACGAUAAUUCCUAAAUGAUCUGCAAUUGUUGUUUUGUUUUUGUUGAUUUGUUUGAAUUAUCUACCUCAAAAAAUUCCCUGAAAUGGAACGUGUGUCUGAAGCAGUAUCCUGACAGCAGUACAUAUUAGUUUAUUUUUUUUGUCAUAAAGUCUUGAGAAA